GCGCGAGAGCCGCCGUCUCGAUCGUCUCAAUAAUCGUAGGCGCAUCUGUGAUAGAUCUGUUGUAUAUAUAAGAUGAUGCACGAUCACUGAGCAUCGGCAUCCCUUUUCCUUCCUCUCCUCUGCAGAUGGAGGAGGUCGCCACCAGCAGCCUCUGAUCUCUCUGCAGAUCAGGAACUAAACCACCUGCGUUUCGUCAGAGAUCGGCCUGCGAAUCGACGAAGGGAUGCCGACGCUCAUCAUCACCGUGGACCUGGAGUGCUGCCGCUGCAGCAGCAAGAUCCAGAAGGUCCUCUGCUGCAUCCAAGACCGUGGGGAGUUCGUCAUCGAAAAGAUCGUGUACGAGAACGACAAGGUCCUGGUGUCGGGCCCCUUCGACGCCGACAAGCUCUCCUCCAAGCUCUGCUGCAAGGCCGGAAGGAUCAUCAAGAAAAUUGAGGUCGCCAAGCCUCCCAAAAAUGAUCCACCAAAAUGCCCCAAGAAAGAGCCAGUCACGUGCACGGCGAUAUACCCAUAUCCGUACCCGUACCCAUGCCCGCAGCCUGCUUGGCCGUGCAAGCCGCCAAAAGAGGAGCCCAAACCCAAACCAGAGCCACCCUCAUGCAAGAUGAUAUACCCUGAUCCGUACCCAUAUCCGUGUUCGCAACCGUGGCCGUGCAGCUGCCCCUCGCCCCACUGUGUAUGCCAGUCCAAGCCAGCACCACCUCCACCUGAGCCACCGAAACCGCCGGCGUGCCAGUGCCAGUGCCCAGCGUGGUCGCCGUGCUACUGCAGCGGCGGCGGCAUGCCGGCGUGCCAGCGCCAGUGCCCAGCGUGGUUGCCGUGCUACUGCAGCGGCGGCUACCCGCCAUACAUGCCGCCGCCCACCAUGCUCGUCUGCGAUGACAGCCCGCCCUACGGCGCCUGCACCAUCAUGUAAUCUAAUAACCACAGGCAGCUGCGUGAUCCAAAUUGAUCAUGUAUGUAUGUAUACGUACGUUUGUAUACCAGCUGAUUAGGCUGGUGUAUACGUUUCUUGCAUCAGUCAUUUGAUGCUUUUGUGAACCAGCGUGAGUGACAGUGACAUGAUCCACGACCCCAAUGUAUGAGGGUGGCAGGGCGCGAUGCCAAUGCAAAUAAGGAUUUCAUAGGGAUUGUGUGCCCAGAGAUUGUGGGAGGAUUUUGGAUGUACUUUCUAAAUUCUUGAUGAAAGGAAUUUGCGAAAUUCUCCUGUUUAAAA